AUGGCUCCGGAAGCGUUGAAUUUCGGCGGGGGUGUGCCAAACGCCCGGGAUUGGGAUGACCGCGGCGCCUUGGCGCUGGCUCCGACCGCUUCAUCACGGAGGGCAGUUGCCGCGAAGCUGGCGGCGUCCGCGGCGCGCUCGGCUGAGGCGGCGGCCAGAGCUGCUGGGACAUGGGAAUCCCCGGAUAGGGAAAGGGCGCGAAGAGGGGCGGCGGGAGCCGGUAGGCCGUACAUGAGCAGAGUCGAGCUUGCCGCGGAGGGAUCAAAGGAACUGGCCCAGUUGAGGAAAGAAGUUGAGCACUGGAAAGCAGAAACUGAAAAUGCCCGUGCGGAGGCCAACGAAGCCCGAAAGCGGCUGGAGCAUCAGGAGGAAAACGUGGCAGGCGUGCUCCAUCAGUCGGCAGAGAUGUUACCGACCUACCGUUAUGGCCUGGAUCUCACGGGCAACGGCUCGGUGAAGAAUGGGCCUAGUAGAGGACCGCCGCAGCGGCAGUUGGCAAUCUUGGAGCAUCGCAGAGAGUUAGAAAAGUCGCUUGUGGUCCGCCGAUUGCGAGAGCAGUUGUCACGAGUGACGGAACGACUGGCACAUACGGAGGAGGAACUCCUGCGCUUGAAACGGUCGUGCCAGUUCACUGCCCUCGCGGAGAUGCUUACGGCAGGGGAGGAGUACGUGAGCGAGGUGGAGCGACUGAGAGCAAAGCUCGAUGAGAAUCUCAACGGUAGCGGUGUCUCCCCUGCUAGGGCGGCAGGUCCGGUACCGUUCAUGUCACGCGUGGUGGACAUUCCAUCAGCUGUGACAGCGCCAAAGCCGAAAACACCGCAAAAAUGGGGGGCCACAAGGUCAGAGAAGGAGGAAGAGCCUGUGAGUAACGGUUCCCCCUCCGCAGCCACUGAUCCGACGGACAAGGAGGACUGCAGCUUGUCUUCGGACGGCGCAAUGUCGAUCCGACAUAACCCCCGACAAAAGGGUGCGGACCGGGAGCAAAGUCGACAGCGACCCCACAAACCCCGUCACCCUGACGACCUCCAGCAACAGCAGCACCAGCUGCAACAACACCGACAACAAGGGUACCCUCAAAGCCCCCAAACAGCGACCAGCCCGCAGGGGAGUGCUGUUCGCGAUCGGAAGGACGCCCGAGGGGGCCGACAACGACAGCGGAAUGGAGAAGUGUUUGUUAGCUCUCGGGCAAAGGCGGGGCUUCUCGGCGUCCUCGCGCCGGGAGGAAGUCGAGGGUUCAUGAAAAUCGACGGCCCGAUCGCUACGGGGUCCUCGUUGGGGAGAGAUCGCGCCAAACGAGGUGUAGAUGCGAGAGGAGCGUCCGGCACAGAAAAAGGUGGGAGGGUGGGUCUGACCACGGAAAUGGAGGUGGACGUGAUGAAGGGGCUAGUGCUGGCACAGCACCAAAGAAUCGAGAAACAACGGACGAGGAUGCAGGAGCUAGAGCGCAGCCUUAGGGACUACAGGCGAGCUACUGUGAUCGGUGGAGAGUGGCCACCACCGCCAUGGUUGAGGCAGCUGAACUCGCCGGCUUGGAAGGGCGGGCUCACCCCAUCAAGGUCGGAAGCACCCAGUGAUUGGAGAGCAAAUGGCGGUCGCUCUGUCUGCCCUUUCGGGACGAGUACUGUAUCAGCUCCGGCGGGGCUUGACCGGUUUACAGGAGCCCGCGUCGCAGCAACCGGCAAAAAUAGCGGCCACUGGAGCAAAAUCGACAACGAUGGCAGACGUACUUUCGCUUCUUCCGGUUCUGCCAGCCGAAGCGCGGUAUUUUCUCCGCAACGCCAACAACGGCAAAAAGAGAGGCGAGGAUCCGGCGGCGGCGAGGGCGGCGGCGAGGGCGGCGGCGGUAGCGGUAUCGCAAGUACAUGUCCGGUGGAAAAGAGCGACGAUUGGGCGGAGGAUUCUCGGGGCACGAGGGCAGUCUUCUCGCCGAAACGUCGGCCGACGAGUUCUUCUUGUUUUUUUUCGGUAGCGUCGAUGGCGAACGGCAGGAAUGGCAACAGGCCGAGACCAGCGACGGCGGGGGGGAAUUCCCGAGCCGAAUGGUGUCGAAUCAGAGGAAACCGUUGUGACCACAAUAUUAUCGCUACCGGCAGCGAUGGAACUGCCGGAAAGUAUCGCCCAAGGUCAGCGUCUUCGAGGCUUUACACCCCUACCGACCAGUCCGGGGAUAACCAAACAUCAAAAUGGGGGGGGAGCGGGAGUACGAGUGUAGGUAGGGACGGCACCGUAGGACAUGGUGGCGGGGGAGCCGGUGUUGGGUGGGAAGAGGAGAAAGGCGGGCUACCGCAGGGUUGGGCAGAAGCUGUUGACGAGGAGAGUGGCCACGUCUAUUACUUUUCGGAAAAGAGGUCGACCUGGGUGAAGCCUAUCGCACCUGCCAGCCCUCGGACCCCGGAUAGUAGCGAUUCAGUGGAGGCCUGUCAGGCGACGAAUGCCAUCAAUGGCGAUCGUAACGAGGCUGCUCACUCGGGGAUCCUGAGCACAGCAGCAACAGGACUCGCCGGCUCUCUCCCCCAAGCGGUAGAGGCAACAACGCCAGAAGUGGCAAUUUCAAAAAGCGAGCGAGAUAAGGCCCCCGAUGGAAUUGUGGAGGACGGUCGACUCGUUGGACGCGUUUAUGCUAAGGUUGCUUCUACGGCGGUAUUGGCAAGGCCGGUCGAUUCCACCGAUGCAGAACAGGAGGACAGCACCGAGACUAACAUCCGUCCUGACACUGGACGGAACGUUCCACCAGCAGCGAGCGGGCCAGAGAGGGCGGUUGGGGAGGGCGAGGGAGAGGGAGAGAGGGAGGAACGGCAUGGCAGUCUGCACUGCUUCUCUUCGACUAACGUACGGGGAUAUUCCAAUUGGUCGUCUGGUGUGCCUGAGAGCGCCUCGGGAUUUGACGAUGCCAUGUUGCCGAUACGCGAAAGGAGUGGAAACAGCGCCCCGUCGGACCACCGUAGGAGAGGACCUAGCUGGCCCUCCAACAAUGGCUUGGAUGGCUCGAUUCUGCCGGGUACAAGCAAAUUGCUACCGGUCGUCCAUGACACCGUCGAGGCCUUCACGUCAACGUCAUUACCGCAAAAGAUCGUGGAAGGGAAGGUAUUGGGUAGAGAAAACGGAAUCCAACCUGAAGAAGCAGAGCCAUCGAGACCCCGAGAAACCAGCAGAGUGGACAGGCUCAGCAGCGACGUUCAAGAGGAGGCAGGCUUUGCUAUCAGCAGGGCGCGAACCAAUCUUCUCCCAGAAUCGAGGGAAAAUGACGAAGGCGAUGAUGAUGUCGAGGGUUACAAGACGACGUCCAUGUGCUACCGCGCUAACUUCGGCGAUCAAUCAUCGCCGCCGAAGGUCAGCAAAACAGGGGCUCUUCCUGCCACCGAGUCAUCUCCCGAUGCCGCAGAUGAUGUGGCUACCGAUGCGUUGGUUUCGAACACGGCAAGCGCUAAAAAAAACGAGACGCCUCUGGAAAACACUCCAUGUUUGCACGACCCGAGCGUCAACGACAACAAGAAUACUGAAAACGAAACGUCGGUUGCCAUCGCGUCUGCGGAUGAUGCGGAUGCCAUCGACACAGAGACCACGAGGGUAUCGCCGGCAUCGGUUUUGGCGGCGGGGGCGGCGCCAGGGUCUCCGCUUUCGCCUGAGGAGACGGAGAGCGCGAUGGCGGCGUUGAUCGCGAAAGUUCGACCAUCGCUAGAACGCAGCCUCUCGCCCGAGGAGCCAAUGGUUGCCGCUGCUGCCGUAGACGUCGACAAUGGGGGUUAUCGCCCCGACCCGGGAUUAGGGUCAACCAUGCCGCUACUAACUGCGGGCGAUGGAGGAAACAGCGGCAACUACCCAGAAGGAGGACUGUCCGUGGGUUGGGAUGUGACCGCAAUGCAAGGAAGCACCGAUGUGGGAGGCGGUGUUGCUGGGAAUAAGUUGGAUCGGGAGGCUUCCGAGGCAGCCGCGGGGAUGUACGAGGACGACUUUGACGACGAUUGA